UUUUGUAGUAAACACAAGUAAUGAUGGUUGGUUUCACGUUUAAUGUGUUCAUGUUAUGUUGUACGUUUGUGAUUGCAACUCAUGGUAUAUCAAUUACAAAGUAUGCGGAGUUAGAAAUGACCAAAGCCUGUAUUGGACAAGGUGCAAUGUUGUUUUGUGACGUAAGUGGAGACCCAUUGCCUGAUUAUGAAUGGUUUAAAGAUGGAGUCAAACUAGAACAUGGUGGUCGUUUUAACAUCAGACGACAUCCAUCUGGAUCAUCAAGGGUGAUAAUAGUAAACUUGAAAGAUUCUGAUAGUGGAGUGUAUGUAUGUAAGGCUUCUAAUUCGGCGGGGACAGAAACCAGUAGUGGAAGGCUAAGUUUUACUACAGCAAAUUCUAAUUCAGACCAUAAUCCUGUGCCAUUAUGA